GAACGACAAUUGUUACUGUGCGGUCAAAGGUUUCAGUCCAUAGUUCAGAAAACUAUGUGCUUGUAAAAUAAUGUAAAACAAAAAAGUGGUAGGAUAUCAAAGUUAAGAAUUUAGUUCUAUAGUGACUCUAUUUAUACGAAAUACAGAUACGUAUAAAUAUAAGUAACCUUUCUUUAGCAAUACGAUUUGCAAUGAGUGUAUACCCAGGACAAUGAAUCUACAAUUAAUUAUACUAUCAGCUUUAGUAUUGUGGACUUCAAAACAUUCAGGAGGAUCAAAAGUAGUUGCUGGAGAUGCCCUUUCAUGUCAAGGAUUUAUAACUGAUAGCGAAACGCGGGAUCUCAUCAACACAGCACGUGCGAGGACAGAAUCAUGUCCUUGUAUAGAACAGAUCAUUGCAAUUGACGACACAUUUGAAAAGAAGAAUAAUUGUUACAAACAGUGGUUCUUUUCUGAUGAUGCUAAACAAGUUUGUUGCUACAGCGAAAAUGGCCAACUACUUGUAGAUGGUCCAGGGGCAGGAUAUUUUCUCCUCAAGACAAGAGAGGAUUACAUUGAACAAGCCCAUGACACUUGUUGUGCGAACGGAUCAGAUGCAUUAAGGGAAUCUUGUGAGUCAUUCUACCAAAUGAAUUCACCUGAUAAUUGUAGCUCUUACGUUCCGCCAGUUGUUUCAAUUUCAUCAGGAGAUCCCGUCAUACAAACAAUAGAUGGAGGAAAAUAUGAUUUUAAUGGCCAUGGUGAAUAUGUAUUUCUGACAGAUGGGAAAAAUUUUGAAAUUCAAGCUAGAACAGAAUAUGUUGUGAUGGGAAACGUUGAUUCGACAUAUUUUUCUGCCUUUGCCUUACUAGAUAAAACGUCAGACGAGCAAAUAGAGCUCCAUUAUGAUCGGGAAGCAGAUGAUAUCAGAUAUUUUCGGAAUGGUAUAUAUAACAGCAAAUGUAAAGCGUCAUCACUGUUAGGACAUGGAAGACCUUAUCCUUGCGAACUUCCUCUAAGACCUAAUUGUUUUGUGUUAGCUGGUGGUGGUAAAAUAAUUAUACAAAACUGUGGCUUCAAAUCUUAUAUCAAACAGCUUGUAUUUGGGACUGACAAUUUCCUGAGUGUACAAAUUAUCAAAGACUCUAGGGCAAAUAUAACAAACAUCACUGGUCUAGCAGGACAUCGGGAGGACGGUUUCUACAUUAUGAGAAACAACACAAAUGUUUCUGAAAAUGCUUCUGCAUUAUCAUUCUUUCAAUUUGGCGAAUCAUGGUCAUUACAGAAUGAGUCGGAGAGUGUUUUCAUGUAUAAUGAGACUGGUGAAAAUUUUACAAUUUACAACACAUAUCAUACACGUCCAGAGUUCCUUGAAGACAAACUUGGCAACCUGACAGCAUUGUUCGAAAGCUUUCCACCAGAUAAUAUUACACUUUUCAACAAAACUUGUAGAAAUUAUUGGAAUAAGGAACACAAUAAACAGUGCCUUCUUACUAUUGCAAGGACAGGGGAUUAUAGCCUUGGAUUAGAUGUAAUGCUUAAGGCAAAUGCAACACAUUACAAAUGGGAAAUUCUCCAUAAUAAAGCUCCAAUUGUAUCACCAAACUUUCCAGACAUAAUCACUGUCAAUAUUCACUCAACAUGGACCAUUAAUCUUACUGAUUAUGUUACCGAUGAUAAUACACCCCCUGAAAAUCUCGUGUUCGAAAGUACCACAAAUUUAUCAAGGAAUGAAUAUACAAUAAACAAUGGAAUUUUUACAUGGAACGUUGGCACUGGUUUACGAGACUUAUACACAGGCAUAAAAUUCACCGUAUACGACACAUUAAAUGCUAGUUGUGUUUUCAGUUUUUCAAUCAACUACUGUGGAUGUAGUGAAGUUUCGUUUUGUUCAUUUAAUGGUACUACUGACUAUCCUUCAGAUACUGUGGUUAAAGCAUCAUGUAUUUGUCCAGCCUACACUAGCGGAUUGUAUUGCGAAGAUAUCAUAGAUCUUUGUCCUAACUUUAACUGCUACAAUGAUAUUUGUAAUGUGAUUGUUUACAAAUCAAAUCCUUCGUGGCCAUGCGGUCCUUGUCCGAAGGGAAGGGAACAUUGGAUGCCUGGAUAUAAUCAGAUAUGCACAGAUAUUGACGAAUGCAGUGUUGAUUAUGCUGGAGCUGACAAGUGUGAGCAGAAUUGUACAAAUAAUGACGGAUCGUUUAAAUGUAGCUGUUUCAAUGGAUAUGAAUUAAAUCGAAAUGGCUAUUCAUGUGAUGAUAUUGAUGAAUGCAGUAGGGGAAUUCGAGUGUGUGGAAGUACAGAAAUCUGUGUGAAUACUUUGGGAAAUUCGUCAUGCUUAUGCGCUCCGGGAUUCCAAAGACUUAGUGAUAAAACUGGCACCUGUGUAAAAAUUGGAUCUGUUGAGGACGCUGUUCAAGUUAAAUGUUCCGAUUCACAAUGGGAUGUUGAAGUCGACAUGAACAUACUGCAAGCGCAGUAUCCAGCCAUUAAACCCGUUGACAUUUUCCUGGGAAAAGCUAAAUGUCUUGGAAAGCUGGAAGGGUCUCUUCUGAAGUUCCGGUAUGACCUAAAUAGCUGUAAAACUGCAGAUAUGACUUCAAGUAUAACGCAUAUUUACAGCAACAAAUUACUUUACGUGAUGUUUGAUCCUGUGAUACCAUUCCUCAUUAGACGUCAUAUUUGGACGUUCAUUGUGGAAUGUGACGUAAUUAGAGGUGGAACAGGGACGUCACAUUUACAUCACGGCAUCGAGACGCACCAUUCAACUUAUGUGAAGCAUUACAAUGUCACCGUGCAGCUCUAUAGUGACAGGGGUUUUCAUAAUCCCAUUAUUCCAGAGGCCAGUAACAUACAUGUUGGGGAUGACGUGUAUGUGAAGGUUUCUACAAAUAUUCCCGAUUGGAAUACAAAGAUGCGACUUCAUACGUGCUUCACAAAACCAAACGCCAAUGCAAAAAACGAUAAAGAUAUCAUAUUAAUAAGCAAUGGUUGCGAGGUCGACAGUAGUACACACAUUAUUUCUCAGUCAACGCAUGAAACAAGUUUUGUCUUCACGGACUUUGAGUAUCUAACAAAUGACGAAGGCUUAGACAUAAUCUGUAACGCAACAUUCUGUGACGCAAGGGAUUACUCACCCGAAUGUUCUCAGUCAUGCUCUCGUGGUCCUGCCAUUAUCGGAUGAACAGUUUAAUCAUAAUGCAUAUUAUGUUGUUGAUUUUGUUGUUGUACUAUAAUUUCGUUUAAAGUGACUCCACUGAGGGGUUUUGGCUUAACAGUACUUGAAAUAUUUUUUCUAGAUAAAUAUUCAGUUUGAUGUAGUUCUAUAACAAUAACCUGUCUAAAAUAACAUCUCAUUCGGUCAUUCCAUUUUUCCAGAAUAAUAAUGUUAGUUGUAAAAUAUAUCCAAUAUAUGAUACGAGUCGCAACGCUUUUCACUCAAAUCGGUCUAAGAAUGGCAAAA